UCAAACUCAACUUUCUUAGCCUCUCAUUUCUUUCUCUCCACACUUUCUAGUCACAAAAUCAGCUUUUACUUCUUAUGGAUUUCUUAUUGGAAAAUCAUACAGACACUUCUUCUAGUUCUAAUCGUUCCAGUGAAAUUAAAACAAACCAAAACCUUGUUGUGAAUACGAUGUCAAAUGAAGAUGUUGUUGAUGAAAAUGAGAAGAAAAUUAUUACUAGUGGUGAAGAGUCCUACGAUCCGGGAACUAAUACUGAACUGCAUCUAUCCAUCGAAAGAGGCCGAAGAAAGAAAAUGAAAGAAAUGUUCGACGAUCUUAGUGCUUUACUUCCCCAACUUCCUUCAAAGGCUGAUAAAGCAACCAUAGUGAACGAAGCAGUGAACUACAUAAAAGUUCUGCAGGAAACCCUAGAAAAGCUAGAGAGAAAGAAAGAAGAAAGGGCAGAAGAUGGUCUGAAACAAAUAAUGGGAAAGAGUUGUUGUGCAGUUUCAGUGUCUGAGAAGCAGAAAGUAGGUUUUGAUAAAACUUGGGCAGCUUCAAACAUGGUUCUGAACAUUCGUGGAAAUGAAGCUCAAUUCUCGAUUUGCUCGGUUCAUAAGCCAGGACUCAUGACCAACAUUGUUUCUGUGCUGGAAAAGCACAACAUAGAACUCAUUUCUGCUACCAUUUCGACCAAUGGAAAUGGAGGAACAUGCAUGAUUCAAGUCCAUGGAAAACAAGCUUCGGCUGCAAAUUCAAUGGAGGAAACUUACAGGAAAGCUGCUGAAGAAAUUAUGCCAUGGAUCUCUUAAAAUUUUGGAUGAUAAAAACUUAUACUAUCACAUCAUCUUACAAAACUUUGAUGCCUAAACUGGGAUGGUUGGUUUUCUUUUGGUGCAGGGUGUGGUUUAAGCAUGUGCAAACUCAACCUUUGUUAAGUAUUAUUAACUUUUUAAAAUAUGCGUGCCUUGCUAACAAUCUUUAUCACGAGUCUGUAGCCUUUUAUGAAUGGGAUACCAUAAGAAUC